GGAGUUCUUGGGGUGGGGGAGAGGGGCAGACGGCUCCCUGGGAUCCAUUCGCCACCCGCACAGAUGAAGGGGCUGCUAGUUCUGGGCUUGGGCUUGGUGGCCCUGGCUGCGGCUAGCGAAUUGACGCUGCAGGAGAGGGUGGUGGACUUGGUGCUGGAGGCUUUUCACAACAGGAAAGUCGUGCAAUGGGUGUACAAGAAACAGGCCGUGGAAGACGUCACUGAAACAGAGUAUCCGGCGGGGCCCUUUGUGCAGCUGCGGGUCAGGAUCCAGCAGACCCAGUGCCCGAACCAGCCGGGGAGCAGACAGGACUGCGCCCUCAAACGCAGAGGGAGGAAGCAGAUCUGCCUGGCUUGUGUCAAGUUUGACUCCCGCAGCGGGGGAAAGGUGCUGGGUAGCUACACGCAUUGCAGGAUGGAGAAGCAGCAGUCUGAGAAGGUGAGCGCGCCCGCGGGCGGGGAUCGGGCGCAGAGCCGCUCUCCUGGGAGCAGAUGCUGGGAAAAUCCAACACGUCGGCAAGGGGCCUGA